AUGAAGAACUCAUUCAUCUUCCCUCUUAUCGGACUGGCUGCAGGUGUCCAAGCUGUCAAAAACUGCUCAGUAGCCAGCAUCUCCCAGUUUCUGCCCAAAAACGCAACCGUCUACUUUGCCAAAGAUUAUCCUGCGCACUACAACUUUACUCCUCCGAUCAGCUUGAACUAUGGUUUGACCUCUGAUCCCAUGGGUAUCAGUGCCUAUGAACUCCCCGUUGCUGCGUGUAUUGCCCAGGCGAACAUCACUCUUCCCAACAACACUCAGCACAGUGUUGGCUUUGUCUUACCCGACGAGUGGAAUGGUCGUUUCCUGACAGAAGGAAACGGUGAAUUCUCUGGAUCGGUUGGAUGGGACUCCAUUAUCAGCGCCUCCUGGUAUGGAUUUGCGGUUGUAUCUUCUGACCUUGGACAUGAAGGCAACAAUGGCAGUUUUGGCUACCACAACGAGCAGGCUCUUCAGAACUGGGGUCAUGUGGCUCUCCACAAUGCUGUUGUCAACGGAAAGGCUGUGACUGAAGGUUACUACGACCAGAAAAUCUCUUACUCAUACUACCGUGGAUGUUCUGCUGGUGGUAAGCAGGGUCUGAAGGAGGUUGAGGAAUACCCGGAGGACUUCGAUGGUGUCAUUGCCGGUGCCCCUGCGUGGUGGACCACUCACCAGCAACUUUGGAACGUCCUCACAGCUGUGUGGAAUCUACCCGAGGACGCUGAUUACCAUGUAACCGAUGAUCAAAUGUCAGCUGUUGCUACUGAGAUCCUUAAACAAUGUGAUCCGCAGGACGGCGUGACGGAUGGCAUUCUUCAGAAUCCAUUUGGAUGUGUUUUCGACCUCACCCAGCUCACUUGUAACUCGACCUCAAGCAAUGACACCUGUUUCACCUCUGCGCAGAUGCACACCGUCAACAAACUCUUCAAUCCUUGGGUUGACGCGAACGAUACCUUCAUCUUCCCUGGAUACACACUUGGUACAGAAGUCGGGGCACCUAGCCUGGAUUCAGACUUUGUUACAUACAUCCAGUACAUGCUUCAAAUCGGUGGAGACUGGACCUGGGAGGACUGGAACAGCCAGGAGCUCAUCGCGCUCUCUGAUAGACUGAAUCCUGGUAAUGCCACCGCAGACAACUUUGACAUCGAGCCUUUCUACAAGCACGGCGGCAAGUUGAUUCACUACCACGGAUACUCGGAUCCUAGCAUCGCCACGGGUGCAUCCUUCUACUUCUUCAACCAUGUCGCGCAGGCACUGAAGCCCAAGGGUGUUCCCAUCUCGGACUUCUACCGCUUCUUCCCUAUUCCCGGCAUGGAACAUUGUACCUCUACUCCCUCUGAUCAAAAUGCUCCGUGGUACCUCAAUGGUGAUGACCAGUCUGACUCUUUGACCGGCACUGUCUGGGGUGUCCCCGGUUUCAAUGAUAGUAAGCACGAUAUUGUGUUGGCAAUCAUGGAUUGGGUUGAGAAUGGUACCGCACCUGAUUAUCUGAUCCCGACAAAAUGGUGGAAUGAUAACCCCGAUGAUGGAGUUGAGAUCCAGCGCCCGAUCUGCUCUUACCCUGAGUUGGCCUUGUAUAAUGGAACUGGAAAUACCAGUCUCCCAGAGAACUGGCACUGUGGUCUUUUGUAUUACUACCUUCAAGCCUGA